AUGGCAUACAACAGUGUGACGCCCGCGACGAUGCCCAAGAUGCAUAGCCUGGUUCAAGCAUUGUGGGAAGGAGCUCCACAUACUCAGUGGGCACUGCAUCAUGAUCCUACUUGUGAGACGAAUAAUACUCCUUGGGGAAUUGAGCUCAUAUCGCCUCUACUUCGGUCUUACCCAGACUCAGCAUGGAGAGACCAAGUCAAAGCAAUCUGGCACUUCUUGCUACAGCGAUACAUCGUUAGUGGAAAUGUCAAUUGCAGUACCCACGUGCAUAUCUCGCUAUCACGCGGGUUCACUGUCUCUGAUCUGAAAAGCAUUGCGCAAGCAAUCAUCCAUUUUGAGCCGGCGUUUGAGGUUCUUGUGCCAACCGAACGCCGCGGAAACGAAUACGCACGAAGCAAUUGGAUUGAUAAUCCUAACUUCGGAUACCGAAACUUCUCAAGGCAACAGUCUAUUGACUUGGUUGAAAGGCUGCGCACGGCCGAUGAAGUGAUUGAUAUCAUGAAUCCUAACCAGUCCAAGUACUUUGGUUGGAAUUUCCUGUCGAUUAAAACAUACCGAACAAUCGAGUUCCGCCGCGGCGCAGUGAGCCUCUCCGCAGAUGACGUUCUAAUGUGGGCCGAACUUGCCAUGUCCUUUAUCCUCGCUGCCGUGACCCCGCGUCAUGAUAGACUACAGCAAUACCCUGCGUCAGUUGGGGGUCUGAAAGCCUUCAUUCUGAAAGCCAGUCUUCGUUCUUCACCAGGAAUGCACGAUUCUUCAUUACUGGAUCGUCUAUUUCAUGGUAUCGCACCUAGCGCCGCAUUGCAGCCUACUCCAGUAGGCAGGCUUUCAGUCGAAAAGACUGCCAAGUUACAACGAAAGAUAGCAGCAGACUGUGCUAGAAACCCAAUGCUUGACGUUAUAUACUCGGCCCAGCAAUAUGGCGUUGCAUGA